AUGUCAUCGCCACCAGCACACCAGGCAAGUUCUCCAAACUUGUUUUAUGAUCCCAGUUCUUCGCCAGCUCCCCAAGGAUCUCAAGGACAGGAUGCAGGAGUAGGAUCUUCUCCAUUUCAUUAUCCAUCUUCGUCUUCCAAUGCUACGCAGGAAACUGCCCAUGCUCCAACUAGUGGUGGUUUAAGAUCCAACACAUUGAGGUCCGAUUUACUCUCAUAUUCUUCAUCUUUAUCGUCUGGAGCACGUGAAGGUAGGCACUCUAGAUCCAGGAGAGGUGAAAUAAAUGCAUCGGAUUUGUCUUCUCCCAGAAGAAUAGUGACAUUUGAUAAUCUUUCUUCUUCUGAUAAUGCAUUUUCCUCUUCUUCGAGACCAAACUCAGAAGUCAAUGACCAGCCAUUGAAGAUCAUUUGGGGUACGAAUGUUUCUAUCCAAGAAUGUGGUAACAGUUUUAGGGAUUUUUUGAUGUCUUUCAAGUAUAAGUACAGAAAGCAGCUCGAUGAUCAAGAAAUAUUCAUUAACGAAACAACUGAUCAAGAGCUUUACUAUGUGAAUCAAUUAACCCAGAUGAGACAAUUGGGAACUUCUAAUUUGAACCUAGAUAUCAGAAACUUACUGGCUUAUAAGAACACGGAAAAGCUAUACCAUCAAAUAAUGUACUACCCACAAGAAAUCAUUGCGAUUAUGGACCAAACAGUGAAGGAUUGUAUGGUUUCGUUAGCACUCGACAAUGGGCUAGAGAGCUAUCUAAAUGAAAUAGAAUCUAAACUUUUCAAAGUGAGACCAUACAACGUUGAAACCAAGAAAGGUAUGAGAGAGUUGAACCCUAAUGAUAUCGACAAAUUGGUUAAUAUCAAAGGUUUGGUUUUAAGAUCAACUCCAAUUAUUCCGGAUAUGAGUGUCGCCUUCUUCAAGUGUAACGUCUGUAAUCAUACCGUUGAAGUGGAGAUUGAUCGUGGUAUUAUUCAAGAACCAAUGAGAUGCCCAAGAGUCGUAUGUAAUAGUCCAAACUCUAUGGUUUUAGUUCACAACAGAUGUACCUUCCAAGAUAGACAGGUUAUCAAAUUACAAGAAACUCCUGAUAUGGUUCCUGAUGGGCAAACCCCGCAUUCGGUAUCACUAUGUGUAUAUGAUGAGUUGGUCGAUUCUUGUCGUGCUGGUGAUAGGAUAGAAGUUUCUGGUAUUUUUAGAUCAAUUCCUAUUAGAUCGAAUCCAAAACAAAGAGCCCUCAAAUCGCUUUACAAAACUUACAUCGACGUUGUUCACAUUCAAAAAGUAGCCAAGGACAGACUUGGGAUUGAUACUUCUACAGUUGAGCAACAAUUAUUACAAAAUCAAAUCGAUAAUGUCGAAGAAGUUAAAACGUUGAGUAGUGAAGAUAUCUUGAAAAUCAAACAAACGGCCACUAGACCAGAUUUAUACGAUCUCUUGUCACGUUCGAUUGCACCAAGUAUUUAUGAAUUAGAUGACGUGAAAAAGGGAAUUCUACUCCAACUCUUUGGUGGUGCUAACAAAACUUUCAAGAAAGGUGGAAGAUAUAGAGGUGAUAUCAAUAUCUUACUAUGUGGUGAUCCUUCUACUUCAAAGUCACAAAUUUUGCAAUACGUUCAUAAAAUUGCUCCUCGUGGGGUCUACACAUCGGGUAAAGGUUCCUCUGCCGUUGGUUUGACGGCAUACGUUACGAGAGAUGUUGAUACUAAACAAUUAGUGUUGGAAAGUGGUGCUUUGGUUUUAUCUGAUGGUGGUGUUUGUUGUAUUGAUGAAUUUGACAAAAUGAAUGACAAUACCAGAUCUGUGCUACACGAAGUGAUGGAACAACAAACCAUCUCUAUUGCUAAAGCCGGUAUCAUUACAACUUUGAACGCAAGAACGUCGAUUCUUGCAAGUGCUAACCCCAUCAACUCUAGAUAUAAUCCAAAUCUUCCAGUGACUGAGAACAUUGACUUACCUCCUCCUUUGUUAUCGAGAUUUGAUCUUGUUUACCUAGUCUUGGACAAAGUUAAUGAGUCUUCUGAUCGUGAACUUGCCAAACAUUUGACCAGUUUGUAUCUAGAAGACAGACCAGACUCGGUCUCCCAAGGUGAUAUUUUGCCUAUUGAAUUCUUGACGUCAUAUAUUAACUACGCGAAACAAAAUAUUCAUCCUGUUAUAACGGAGUCAGCUAAGACUGAACUUGUGAGAGCAUACGUAGGAAUGAGGAAAAUGGGUGAUGACAGUAGGUCGGAUGAGAAGAGAAUUACUGCCACCACAAGACAGUUAGAAAGUAUGAUCAGAUUAUCCGAAGCCCACGCAAAAAUGAGACUAAGUGAAGUAGUUGAAGUUGAAGAUGUGGAAGAAGCUGUCCGGUUAAUAAAAUCGGCUAUCAAAGAUUACGCUACAGACCCCAAGACAGGCAAGAUUGACAUGAAUCUCGUGCAGACAGGUAACUCGGUGGUGCAGAGAAAGCUUCUAGAAGACCUAGCUAGAGAAAUCCUAAAAAUUUUAACUGAAAGAACUGCAGACACGAUCAGCUUUAACGAGUUGAGCAGACUUAUCAACGAACAAUCACAAGAUAAAGUCGAUAGCAUAGAAAUAUCGAACGCCCUCACUAGAUUACAACAAGAGGACAAAGUUGUGAUAUUAGGAGAGGGCUUGAGAAGGUCUAUUCGACUAAACGGUCGUGUAUAA